UUUAAAACCGUCCUUGGUGAGCACGCUUUGUUGACAACAAAAUCUCAGUUCACUGAAUUGAAUCAGGAUCACCAGCGGAUAAACAAAAUGUCUCAGUUUCUCUCCAGACUCUCCAAGCUCUCUCCUCAGAAAGAUUCUCAGAUUAGCUUUCGUUUGUUUUCAUCUUCCCUAGACCGUAUUGCACCCUGUUUGGUCUUCGGCAAAGAUCCUUUUGGAAAUGAUGAUAUAGACUAUCUCGAUCUUUCCAGCCAUGAAUUUUUUGUUCCUAAACAGAAUAUCCCUAGUGAGUUGCUAAAGGCAAAAUCAACAGUCGGAGCAUCCCAAGGAUGGGUCGCUACCCUUAAGAAGCGUGUGGUGUGUCUCCGAGACGAUCUCAACCCAAGUGCAUCAGAAUCAAACCCUAAACGCAUUUCACUGCCUCCUCUUGUGACUCUACCUCAUUGUCAGACCCAGAUUGUCACCAACGUGGCCAUGUCCUCUUCUUCUCCUGAGGAAGAAGACUGUGUUGUGGCUAUCAAGUUUUUGGGACCUCAACUCAGCCUGUGUAAGGGCUCCAAAUGGACCAACAUCAGAAUCAAAGACCCCAGUUUCUUCACUUCCCAUGUCAUGUUUUCCCAGAGAUAUCAGAUGUUCUCAUUGCCAGCUUCUGGAUGUGACCACAUGGCAUCCUGGGAUUUCAAGGGCGAGCCUAAGCUGCAAAAGUUGCAUUUUCAAAACCUUCCCAGGUUGACAAAGACAGAAAAGGAGCAUUUGUUUUCGUGCUACAGGACUCCACACUUGGUAGAGUCAUCAGCCGGCGAAACUUUCCUUGUUAUUUGGUACAGGUCCUGCGCUUAUGGCAUGGAAAAUUUGGUGGGUUUGGAAACCAAAGGUUUUAGGGUGUUCAGGAUAGGCAAGGAAGGAAAGGCUACUUACACUGAAGACAUUGGAGAUCUCUGCAUUUUUCUUUCAAAUUCUGAGUCUUUUUGUCUCCUUGCUAGCUCCUUCCCUGGACUUGAGAGAAACUACAUCUAUUACCUUGAUGUCCACGAGCCGAACGAGAAGACCGAGAAGGUGGAGAUCGGAGGUUUCAGCCUCUGCAGAGCUGAUAGCGAUGCAGACUUCUCAAACCACCACAUUAACAAGAUCCCUUACAUUUUCCCACCUCAACCUAUGCAAUGAAUUAUCAUGGUUUAUGUUUUUUUUGGUUUUUUUUUUUUUGCUGUUUGCUUGUGGCUACGCAUUUGGAUUUGAGUUAGGCAGCUACUUCUAUUUUUCCUUUUGG